CCAUACAUUUCCGUUGUUCGUGAAAUGUGUGCCACUUCAUAACGAAAGUAAAUUGGAAUUUGUAAGGGAAAAUGCUUUCUUCGUUCGGGAAAUGACAGUGUUCAAGCUGAUGGAAGAUAUGGAAACAAACAGUCCAACACCAUGGGCUCCAAAAGCACUCUUCUGUAACGACUCCGUGAUCGUGAUGCCUGAUCUCGCCCCUGAGGGCUACAUCGUCCGAGAUCAUCUUCAGACGUUCGACUUUCCCCACAUCAUGGCCACUCUAACCUCCGUGGCACGAUUCCACGCUGGCUGCGCAAACCUUGAGACUAAAAGAGGCAUCGCGCUCCAAAGCCCCUAUUCCAUCAUGGAAGACCACGGAAAAAUCAUAGUAGAAAGCAAUUUCAAAGACACACCCUGGAUUCACGCCGCUGCUAAACUCACCGCCAACAUCAUCCGAAAAUUUACAAAAUACAACUUUGGAGAAGCGGACGUUUUGAAACAGUUUCUAGCAAGCUUUGAUGACCCGGAUAAGAGUAAUAGCUUAAAUGUAAUCAUCCAUAAGGAUAUUUGGGUGAACAACGUUAUGUUUAAAUACGAAAACGAUGUCCCAACUAAUGCGAUUUUGUUAGAUUUCCAAUGCGCGCGCUACGGCCCUCCAGCGUUCGACAUCGCCGUGCUUUUGUACACGACUACUUCUCGAAGCUUCCAAUCUCUGAAUGUCGACACGAGGAACAGACUAAACGAUUUGGGAUAUGAUUACGAAGAUUUUUUACGCUGGUUUGAAAUUAGUCGCCGGUUUGGGAUGGUGACUUCACUCAUAUUGUUGCCAUAUUUUCUGAUGGAUCCGGUGAAGGCGAAGGGGGUUUUCAACAAUCCGUUGACAUUUGAGCGGGUGGCGUUUGAGGACAGAAGCCCGGAGGUGCUGGCACAUAUGGAUCUGUGCCCGCAGUACGGGGAACGGAUGGUGGAGGUCACUGAAGAGUUUGUCGAGAGAUGUCUGCAGCACUAG